AUUUAUCAGACAUUACAAAACUCUAUUGAUAUUUUCAAUUUCUAUCAUGGAUAUGUCGCUGGCUACCGCUGGCCUUGAUUGGGCACGCAGUGUGGACGCAGCCAUGGACCAACGCAGCCAAGCUUACCAGGCUGGGCCAGCGACUCGACCAAUAUGUGGAAGCAGGACUGAAAUUUUUAAACAGUUGAUAUUUUCAAUUUCUAUCAUGGAUAUGUCGCUGGCUACCGCUGGCCUAGAUUGGGCACGCAGUGUGGACGCAGCCAUGGACCAACGCAGCCAAGCUUACCAGGCUGGGCCAGCGACUCGACCAAUAUGUGGAAGCAGGACUGAAAUUCUUAAACAGGUAUGAUGAUUAUGAUUUUUGAAGGGAAGGAUUCAAGGAUCCAAAGGUUCAAAUAACCCCACACGUCAACCGAAGCUUAUUG